CUCUUCGAAAUAUUUAUUUCACCUUUAAUUUUGCCCUAUGUUGUUUACGUUUUAGGGGUCAAGUGGCAUUCACGACGAAAGAUGUUAACUCCCUCAUUUAAUUUCACUGUAUUGCAGCAGUUUACUGAGAUCUUGGUAGAGGAAGCCGAGAACAUGGCUGAGUCAUUGAAAGAUACAAGGGGCACAGUUGUAAAAGAUUUACUACCAUUUUUCAGUGAACAUACGCUAAAUGCAAUAUGUGAAACUGCUAUGGGCACUUCUAUAAAAAGUCUCGGUGAGUUUCAACAACAGUAUCGACAAGCGGUUUAUCGGAUAGGCGAACUGUUUGUUUAUAGGUAAUUAUAUUUUGGGUAAUUAUGCAUAAAAGGGGCUUCCUCUCCGAUUUGCUUGAUUUUUAACCCUAGACCGCACCUCUGACUUUUUUUACCUUCUAACGCACCUAUGGGGUCAAUAUCGACCCCACUUUUUUUUUAUUGUAAAACCGGUCCUACAGAGAUAAAGGGCCUUAAUAAUACAUGAAUUUCUUCGUUUUUUAAUAAAGAAGAGAAUGGUAUGCGAUAAAUUUAGUUUCACUCAAGUUUAGUUAAGAAAAAUCCAUUUAAAGACCGAACAAU